ACUUUGAGAGGUUGCUGUGGCAGUGAGUUGUGUGGAUUCCCGAGAAGGAGAGGGUGUUGGAAGUGGAACCAUGGAAGUGAAAAGGAGCCAAAGGAGCUGCUUCACCCAGACCUCCUGUUUGGGUGAGGAUUUAGGCGAAGACUCGCAGCUGGAGUAUCUCAGUGCUCACGAGGAGUAUGAGGAGGAGAAGAACAACUCCAGUGAGUUCUCUGGGCAGGGGGAGGUUGCAGAGGUGCAGGACAUGCCCGUGAUGAGUGACAAGGUGUCACCCCAGAUGGCAGCAGGGCAAGAAGAGCCUGGAGAGAGUGAAAGCCCCACCCAGAGCGCAGCAGUGGAGCCAGACAUUCCUGCAGACAGAUCCUCUAGUGGGAGCCCCGGUGCUGGGAAUGGGAAGCGCGGUGAAGCCCUGAGGAGCAUUCCCAGUGUCUCUGCGGCUGUGCAGGCUGUGGGUGAUUGCAGAGCUGGCUUCCCAGCGAGCAGAAGCAGCAGUGCCCAGGUGUGCCUGUGCUCCAGGGCAGUGAACACAGAGGUAACCAUGAUGAGCAAAACUCGGCCCGUGGGGUGGCUGGCUCAAACCUCCGUGGAUGCUGCUUCCAACACAGAAUGGUCCUUCCGAGCUCAGAGCUCACACGUGCAGCUGGGAUCAAAUGAUCAUCUGUGUAUCUGUGAUUGGAAGGCAAGCACCAGCAGGCCAGACCAACCCAACAAGCAAACUGGGAAGAAUUGUGCAUCAGGCUGCUGUCAGAAAAUCCUGCAGAGAGCAGUUGAAGCAGAGCUGCAGCUCCUGGCCAUCCAUUAUGAGAUGUGCUACCAGCACUGCUUGAAGGUUUAUGAGCUGGCUUUGGAGGAAAACACCUAUUUUGGGAGUUGUGAGAAGAAGACUGAGUUGCAUUCAUCUCUCUUGUUGGUUUUGGAUGAGCUGGACAGUAACUACAGCAACAUGAGAACGAAAGUAAACACGGGCAUACCUUUAAAAGAACUUCCACCACUGUCAGUUGAGCUGAAGUUUUCCCCAAUCUCUUCCUUUUACAUCCCCUCCAAGGUUUUCAUAAAGAGUCUUUACUCUGAUGAUCUUUCAGGUGAAGGGAAAGCUGACUUGGAAGAACUAAAACAGCAAGAAAAGGGGAUUUCUGCCAAUAGGGUAGGGAAUUCUUCACUCCUGGGUUUUGGACAUGGUAAUGUUGAGAAGUAUUUUCUCUUUUUAGGUAUCUGCAAAUGUGAUCAGAGUCUUCAGGGCUCUCAGCCUGGGUUCCUCUCCACUAAUUGCAAAUGUAGCUCAUAUGCUCACAAUUUUAAUUGCCCUUUCAAAGGGAAGUCACAGGCUGGUGGUGGUCAUCCAAGUGACUCUGCUUCCCUUGAGACAUGGGAAGAGCAGCCUAAAGAUCAGGCUCUGGAACGUGGCUGUGUAAAAAAUGAAGAAGGGAGUGACUAUUGGUUUGAUGCUAAGGAAGACUUGUCAGUGGCAGAUGUUUCAGUAAUGUGCAGAACAAUGAAAAGGCAGCAAGGAAAACGAGACUCGACUGACUCAAGAGAAGUGAAGACAGUGAGAAGUGGGAAUCAACAUUCUUCUGUUCAUGGUGAUAGCCCAAAACCCUCAGUGCCUGAGGAGCCUGGGGAAAAUUCCCUGCUGAAAACAUCCACUUGUUCCUCUGUUAACCCAUCUGGUAUCUUUGUUUCUCCUUAUGCACUGAACUUGAGCAGCUUUACCAAGUUAGUAAAGAGACUUCAAGAAAGGCAUCCAGAAUUCAGCAGAGAUGAAAUUGUGGAGGCUGUGAAGGAGGUGAGGAAAAUCAACAAAGGUGUCCUGAGUGGCCUGGCCAUCAGUUCUAUUGAGGAGCAGACCUCUGCCGUUCUGAGGAGAUCAGUGUGCUGCUCUCAGCAGAAGCACAGCGGGGCAGGAGGAGCCGGGCGGGGCCGGGCCCGCCCCUCUGGCAGCGCCGCGGGCGCGGAGCCCGCCCGGCCCCGGGAGCGGAGCCGCUCCUGCCGCGGGGCCAUGGCCCUGCUCCCGCGGCGCUUCCUCUGCUUCGUCCUGGCCCAGCACUUCAUCGCGGCCACGGCGUGCCAGGAGGCUGACUACGGCUGGAUGAUCCGGCACUACUGCCUCAAGCAGUUCCAGCUCAGCAUGGAGGGCAUUGGCCAGCGCCUCUGGUGUGACUGGGACGAGACUGUGGGCACCUACGGGGAGCUGACGAACUGCACGGCGCUCAUCGCCGAGAGGCUCGACUGCUACUGGCCCAACCGGCUGGUGGACGAGUUCUUCGUGGCCGUGCACAAGCAAUACUUCAGGAACUGCUCCCCGUCGGGCCGGGCCCUGCACGACCCCCCGAACGGCGUGCUGUGUCCCUUCAUCGUGCUGCCCGUGCUGGUCACCCUGCUGAUGACAGCGCUCGUGGUGUGGAGGAGCAAACGCAGCGAGGGCAUCGUGUAGGGAGGAGCCCGGGACGGACGGGCGGGGCUCCGCACCGAGACACCGAGCCCGGGGCAGGGACAGCACCGAGCCCGGGCCAGGGACAGCAUCGCUCCUUCCAAGGAACCAGUGCAGCGAUGGCUGCAGGGCAGGAGGGGAUGCCCCGCCUCGCCCAGCCUCUCCCCCUGGCAAAGCGUGCCGGGCAGGAAAAUUGUAAAGGGAAAAAACAAACCCAGGGGGUGUGGGGAGGAGAAAUCCUGCCAGCCCCGCACCCACGCACGUGAGAGCAGCGGGGCUGGAGCAUCCUUGGCUUCCUCUCUUGGCCCCGUUUUGGGUUUCCCCCCACGUGGAAAGGGAUCUGCUCCCCCAGCCCCAGCACAAGGACUGGCACGGGCUGGGUUUGGCUGGCACGGGGGAACAGCGGGGGGAGCGGGUGGGGUAACAGGGAACGGGAAUAAGGUGCUUUUCCUACCUAAAUAAAGGAACACAGGAAUUAACCAGG